ACAAACCAAUAUCCUCUUCCAAAAUCUGCAAUUGAUAGAGUUAUAGAAUAGAAAAGCCCAGCCCGGUCCAACCAUGCAGCACACUCUGCUCUCCUCCAAGCCCCAGAGAGCUCCAUCUCUCGCCACCGAGAUCCAAUUCGGCAUCCAAGUCGAGUUUCUCGCUCCUCCCGUCUGUCCGAACCAAACAUCCCACAGCAUUUCUGACCGCAAUCGCAUCUUCCACUACUUUGCUUCGGCACUGCACAUGUCCGGCCUCCAAGCCGCCUUUCUCCUCGACCACGGCAACGACAACGACAACGAUCAAGCCUCAACAGAAGGAAACCAGCUCCGCAUCACAGCUCCCAAGGGAAGCAUCGUCAAAACAAAGCACAAUCCAGACAUGUACAUCAUGAACCCCCUCUCCUCUGCCCAGUGGCUCAACGCAGACGCUGCCCAAAACCCGCUGUGCAGAUACUGGCUCAUCAAGGCCGGCAGCGACAUCGGCCACGGCAAACACGCCGCAGGGCAGCCCACCGAGCUCAGCAGCCCGACUUUGCGUGAAUCCGAGGCCAACAACUUGUUCCCAGGCAUCAACACGGCUCUGUACGGCGUCUGGACCGCCCAUCCGGCGAAAGUGCACAUCGGCAGUGAUUGCGGCCUGCACGUCUCCAUCAGCCCGGUGUCUGCAGAGGGACUGACUGUCUUGCAGGCACAGCGUGUGGCAACGCUGGUCAUGGUGCUUGAGAACAAUCUGCUCUUCCACUUGUGCUCGCCUGUUCGCCGCCGAGUCCAUCAGCAGCUCAUAAAGGCCUCUGCUCUUGUCUAUUCAAAAGCCGGAACGACUUCGUCUCCCGCAGCAACAGCCAAUCUCCCGCUCAACAUCCUCCACGACAACAACAUGAACAAAGCAUUAAACAUUCUCUGGGACGCCUCCGACCUCAACCAAGUCCGCCAGAUGCUCGCUCACCAUUCCAAGACUCGCAACACUACAGCAUCUACGGCUCUACACAUGACUACGCAAACUCACGAAGACGACAGCACCACCAAUUCACUCGGAUUCCGCCACGCGCAAGCAUCAUUCAACCAAAGCUUCGUCGACAACUGGGUGCGUCUCAUCCUGACCAUCUGCAAGGUCGCCUUCCUCCCCGCCGAGAGAUACAAGCUCGUCGUGGCCAUGCUGUAGGAAACCAUCGUCACGACACCUCGCCCGGAAGAUUCAUGGAAAACGCUGCUGAAGUUGCUCAACGACUUUGCGCCGGCGAAUUGGCACGGCAGGAGUAGCGAGCAGUAUUGGAUUGGCUAUCUGGCGGUGCAAGACAGAAGAUGAAUAUCGCAAUGGCCAUGUCUUUUUUCAAUUACAUCUGAAUUCCAGACAUGGACGGAAAGUCCGCGGGGAUGGGCAACUGUCCGGUGAUCGCUAGUGCCAGUAGAUCAGAUGUGAGUUACAGCGACGAGGGGAGUAAUGAGCUGC